AUGGGGAGUUCGAUCUACGAUGAGGUGGAGAUCGAAGAUAUGGAGUUCAAUGAGGAGCUGAAAACGUUUUUCUUUCCUUGUCCCUGUGGAGAUCGCUUUCAGAUCACUGUGGACGAGCUGAUUGAUGGUGAGGACAUCGCAAGAUGCCCCAGCUGCUCGCUGCUGCUCCGAGUUAUCUAUGACGAAGAAGCCAUUGAAAAGUUGACCGAGAGCGGAUGA